CAAUACAAAGGAAGAAUUUUUAUUGGCCGUCAAUUCAAAUGCUUAGCUGGUAUCAAUAUAAGGGCGGAUUUUCAUUUCUCUUUUCACAACUCGGCGCGAAGCUUCUCCCUCCACAAUCAUGGACAGGCAAACUGGCAUCACCGCUACCCCUAACGCCCCCGCCGGAAAGAUUCCACAGCCGUCGGAGCCUCUUCUGCCGGACGAUCAAUGGGGCCAUCGGGCAUGGGAACUCCUUCAGAAGCUUCGAUUACGAGCCCCAUUAAUCCAGUGUAUAACAAACGUCGUCUCCAUGGAUCUGAUGGCCAACGUACUCCUCGCCGCCGGAGCAUCUCCGGCGAUGCUCAGUUCGAUUGAUGAGAUUUCCGAUUUCACUCCUGGUGUCGACGCCCUCUGUAUCAACAUCGGAACCCUCUCCGAAGACGGGCUUGCCUCAAUGAGAGCAGCCGCUGCGACGGCAGCGGCUGCCGGCCGGCCAUGGGUUCUCGACCCUGUUGCUGUAAAUGCUUCUGAUUUCAGAAUGGAGGCUUGCCUCGGCUUACUGGAGCUUCGGCCGGCGGUGAUUAGGGGCAAUGCAUCGGAGAUUCUAGGGCUGGCUUCGGCGCGUAGGAUUCGGAAUAGUAAGGGAGUGGAUAGUUCCCAUCAAUCCUUUGAUGCUGUGGAAGCUGCAAAAUCUCUAUCACGAUCCAGUGGUGCCAUUGUUGCAGUAUCAGGAGCUGUUGAUUACAUAACAGAUGGCCAUAUGGUUGUCGGUGCCCGAAAUGGUGUCUCCAUGCUGCAAAAGAUCACUGCAACUGGCUGCGCCGUCACCGCCCUUAUCGCUGCCUUCAUCUCGAUCGAACCAUUAAGAGCUUUAGAGGCAACAGCCUGUGCCCUAUCCAUCUUUGGGGUUGCAGCUGAGUUAGGCAUCGAAAUGGCUUCCGGACCAGCAUCUCUCAGAAUGCAUUUGAUAGAUUCUUUGGAUGGGCUUAAUGAGGAUGUACUGGUCUCCAAAAUGAAUGUGUUUGGGGUUUCUUAAAGUCUAUUUUCCAAAGUUGGAAGUCCUUCAUCUAUCAUGCUUUCAUAUUUGUACUACUUGUCAAAAAUGUGUGCAUGUGUUUAUUUUUUUAAAUUGUAACUACCCUAUUUUCCAUUCUAUGUGAUAAUUUACAAAGCAAAUACUUACAUA